AUGAACCAACAAGAAAAACAAUACAUGCAAUUACUCUCUGCACAAGUGGUAUCCAUAGCCAAAAGUCUUGACUCCAACCCAGCAGUCAAAGGCAUUUUGUUCCCAGUAACCAACUUCCCAGAAUGCAUUCUCCAAGGCCACGACCUCGCACUCACCAUUGAGUCCAUUGCAAAAGAGGAAUUCAACAAGGCCACAACAUCCGUCUAUGGCUUCUCGCAAGAGGCGGUGAGGAUUGUCCUGUCCAACCCCUUAUUAACCAUACUGCCUGUGAUUAACCCAGCUGUUCUCCUGGUUAUGUUGGUUUUGGCCGCUGAUCCGGCAAUGGCUUCUGCAGCUAUUGCCGCACAGGCUGCUGCUGCUGCUGCUUCUGCUGCGGCUAUUGCUGCUAAUUCAUUUGCCGCCUUUUCAAGAAAUACUGCGGCUGCUUCGGCAAUAAUAUGCGUGGUUAUCAAGUCAACUUUAGGGGGAAAAUAUACAACAAAAAGCAUUAUCUCUUCUCAUGUAUUGAAGAGGCAAGCCAUUAAACAGUAA